UUAAUCGACCAAAUAUAAAAGGAAUUGUUGAAUAUCAACAGUGAUCAAACGUAAACUAAAAUCAUUGUGGACGUAAACUAUUUAACAAACAUGAGUGCCGACAAUGUUGCUUUCCUUUGGCUUGAACGCGAUAUGAAUUCAGAAAAUAACAUUUUCCCAGAUUCCAUGAUAACUGCGGAUGAGGAUGUUGACGGAAACGAAUUUUGUAUAGGGAGAGCUUUGGUUAAUAAAGUUAUGAUCCCUGCGAAAGUUGUGCCAAAAAAGAACAUCGCUUACGUUGUCAAUGAUGGUGAACAAAUUGCCGUUAAAAAGUUUGAUAUCCUCUAUGUAAAACAAUACAAAUGGGUUCCGUGUGCUGACGGAGAAGUUCCUAAAGGCGCCAUCGUUGGUGGAGAAGUUUCAGAUGAUGAAAAGAUUUACAUAGAAAGAGCAGAACACGAAGGCGUUAAAGUGGUCGGAAAAGUUCAUCCAAAACUGAAGAAACUUUUUAUUCCGUAUGGUGGGAAGGAAAUCGCUUAUAAUCAUUAUGAAAUUCUUGUAUUACAUUAAAAAAUACAUUUAAAAAAUUAACACUUA